UACGUCGUGGUUGUGGCUCUCGCCGUUCGAUUAACCCGUCACGUAUGUGGUGUGUGUCCUCCCAAGUUCGGAGUUGCAUGAGGGUUCAAGUUCUAGCUCGCUGAUUGAUAUCCCGUGCCGUCACCACUUUCAACCGCUCUCUCGUCCUCUCGUUGUGGUCGCCGUAGUCGCCGUCGCCGCGGUAUAGUAUCUGCGUGACGUCAGUUACUUCGGUUCGCGAUAUUCCGGAUGGAGAGAUGUUAUGCAUCGGAUAUAGUGACGAUGAUUUGUUCCGCCGGAAUUGGAAUUAGCUCGAAAGUGAAGCUUCAAUAGGCGAUCAGAGGAUAAGAUUUUUUUUGCUGCUGGGAAUGAUCCUGCAACAGGAAGUCAUCAUUUCGAGUGUUCCUUUUGUCAGUUCCAUUGGUAGUUCCGGUGGUGUUUUGCUAUUAUAAGUUUACAUAAAAGCGGCACCGUAACGGAGCAAACAGAUAGAAACGGGAAACGCAAAUGCUGCAGUUUUGCAAUUCAAAUCUUGGUUAGCUCGUCGGGCUGCAGUUACAGAGCUCCUCCGUCACAGGGGGAUAACGCUGGCGGAAGUGAGGCGUAAGAUGAUUUAACGUGCGACACGAAAACGGAUGUCUGUAUGUGGUGUUGUUUGGCGAAACAGGAUAAUUUAUUCCGACGCAAUGUACGGAAGCGCUGGGCAAAUUUGCGCUGAUUUGCAUGUUGGCGAUGGCUGUUUCCACUCUGACUAGCAGGUUGGAUUUUUUGAUUGCUCGUUUGAUAACGGAAGACGGUGUUGUGAAUUUCCGUGUUAUUUUUUGUUGUGCCAGUUGCCGUUGGGAAAGUGAGUGUUGAAUUUUCGGUUUCGAAUUCAAUUUGAAAUAGAAUUCGAGUACGAGUGAAGCGACAGAAUCUUCCAUGUGGAGAAAUCGGAUAAAUCUCUCUGAAUGGUGUGAUGGAAUUUAAAUAGUCUUAAUGCGAAUCAAAUAUAGCAGUACAUCGGAAGUGUAAAUGCAAUCACAGGGUGAACAAAUAUUGAAAUAUUAAAAGCAGCAUACCCAAGUUGCUGAAACAAAGGAUAGGCGUGCUGAUUCUUAGUAGCUGUGAACAAAAAUUACCAAUACAUAUCGAAAAAUAGAUUAACAAAAACGCAUCGCAUAAUCCAUUGGAAUAACAUAUCAACUGCUGGAGGAUUAUCGUUCCUUCGAUCCGAUCCGCGGAUAAACCCCCCAAAGUCUUCGAAUGAAAAAUACAUAUCAAUCGUGUAUACCGUUGUGAUUAGUGAGUGUUGUUGUUAGAUUAAUCGUACAAUAUUACGUGUAAUAACCGUUUAUUCGAAUCAUUCGGUGAAGAUAAAUAUAUAGCUCAAGUUCCACUUUUCGUCACUUUGUGCGUGCUGUGAUGAAGUAAUCGAAACAACUCAACUUAACACAUAUCAUCAGAUUUUCACUUCAUUUGUAGAACAUUUCUUCUGCCGGCUCCAGGCGCAAAAAGCUCAGAAACACACAGAUCUUCCAUCAAACGUCAACAGCAGCAGUUACUGCUCGGGGAGGAAAAAAAGAGGACACGAGUAAACGCCCUCCCGUGAAGUUAACUAAGUCCGAGGCAGCUAAUCCGACAGACAUCAUCAUGUUGGUGACACUUUCCAAAUUUGUUUUCGUCGUCCUGAUACUCGGAUCGAAUAUUAAGACUGCAAUAGCUAUAUUAAAUUGUAUAUUAGCGAGACAACUGUGCUUCGAGGAUCCAUCCUGUUCCGCCAUUCUGGAGAUAAUUCCACGAGUGUGUGGACCGGUACCAGUGGCCUGCAGUACGGUGACGGUAACCAAGUGCCAGGCCGCUCUCCGGACGCUUCAGGCCUUUCCGUUUUUUCGGCCAACCUGUCUCUGCAAGGAGCCCGGGAUCGAUCCGGAGUGCAACUACUUUCGGGACUUUCUCUUCGAUCAUCCGUGCGGCUUCGUGUCCAAAAAGGAAAAAGAUCCAUACCCGGUGGAUGCGUUGCCUACGUGUAAUCACGCGCUAUCGGUCUGUCAGCAGGAACGAAAGUGUAUCAAACUGUUCGAAGAUUUCAAAACGCACUGCAAAGUGCGGGAAAACAAGUGCCGAAUGGAGGAUAGGGAAUUAUGCUACGAAGCAUGGACUAAUCUCCGAUUAUCGCCGAUGUUUGGAUGUAUCUGCCCGAACAACCACAUGAAGCGCAGAUGUGAUAAAAUAUUUAGCGUUGUUAACCAUAAUCCCUGCGUUGAUGUACUACCUUCCGCACUAGACACAUCUUCUGGCACCGCUACCAAUUCAAUCUAUCCUAAUUUUUAUCCAUCCGAUGUGAUCGAGGAUCCUCCUCCCACCAGCACCUAUCCGUACUUCCUGUUUCCCUCGCGAAAAUAUCCCCCCUCAGCCUUCCAGCCGGCUGUUUACAGUGGGGCCGAUUAUAUAAACGUUCCCGCCGGUAGCACUAAUCACUCCCAGCACCGAUCCUCGACGCAUCUCUCCCCAAUCGAUAGCACUGCACCGCAUCAACCACCAACACAGCACCACUUUAGUUACAAUCAAUAUGAGCACAAUUUUGACAGCACUGCAACUAGCAAUAAGCACGGUAAGCACCAGCACCCAGCGUCGGCACCACCUAUCAGCACCAAUGCGGGCGAGCAUCAGCCGCAACGAAAUGAUGACACGAUGGCCGGUGGCACUCCUUGGAGCAACCUCAACGUGCCGCCGGACCUCAGGCAGCGGCUAGAAAUCGUGCGAGCGAUGGGCAUGGACGAUAAUUAUCAUCGCUUGCUGGACCAGAACAUGGCGUUGAUCGAGACACCGCUGGUGGCUCCCGCCCACGCGUACUUCCCGCAGCACUUCAAGACGGCACUGUAUCCGUACAACGUCUCGGGCUACCAUCAUCAGCACCAGCACGGUACCCACGGUGGCCAUUUUGGGACGGUCCACAACGGCAAUGAUCACCACGGGAACGGAAACGGGAACGGGAAUGGCUAUCUGUCCGCCACGGCGUCCUCCCCGGUGGACAAUAUCCUGAUCAGUUUGAACGAAGACGGGAACGGGGCUGACGCGGCCAUCGAGUAUGGAGGAUUUUACGACAACGCGGUGGAGAGACAAAUUGGGUCCGAUGAUAUCGAGGAAAAAGAAGCCGAGAUGAGUUUCAUCCAUUUCCAGAGCACCUGCCACCUGGCACUGGAUGCCUGCCGGGACGAUCAGGUGUGUUCCUCCGCGCUCAAAACUGUGCUGAUGCACUGCGAACUUCAUCGCUGUAACCGGAACGCCUGCAUGGAGUCCCUCCAGAGCUUCUACAAAGGCAUCCAUGAUGAUUUGAGUUUGGAUAUUGCGUUUUGUUUGUGCAGGAAAACCCCCAAUCGCCACGACAGCUGCAUGAUCGCACAGGAGAAACUCCAUCCGGCGUGUGCCCAGCACCCACCGGAGAAUCUGAAUCCACAAACGUCAAACGGGGUUAUGUACGGACCGCCUCCAUCGUGUCACGCGGUAGCGGAAAUGUGUCGCGAAGAUGAAGACUGCCGGGCGAGAUUGGAGGUGUUCGAACAAUCUUGUGCGGUGGACAGCGUUACGAAGAAGUGCGCCGGGAAAACCAGCGCUUGCAGGCAAGCAAUGCUGGGAAUCCUAGGGACUCCGUUGCGAACUAGCUGCGCUUGUCAAGGAUCGGAAGUGCAACAGCUAUACGAUUGUCUCGGCUGGCAAAAGCUCCUGUGGCUAAAUCCCUGUGUCGUUGAGUCGCAGAAAGAUUUCCAUUUGAAACGCCUGGCAGAGCUGGGUUUGCUCACCACGACCACAACGACGACCACAACCACAACCAUGCGUCCGACUCUGCCACCCACUCUGCCGCCAACGAAACCAAAGCCUGUCUACCGCCCCAAGCCGACCGAGAUGCUACCCCCGGAAACAAAUCACAUCGAAACACCGGAUACCCGAUCAGAAACUCUAGUACAGAAGGGUAACGAACUAAUCUCGCGCACUGACUUGGACCCACCCCCGCCACCAGAAGAAGACCACGACGAUCUGCCACCCUUCGAAGUCAUCAAAAAUUACCAGCGUCCGGAUGAACAAAUUCUACAGAUCAUAACGACGGAGGUUGUGGACAUUGAACCUCCUCCGCCGACGACAACCACCACAACUACCACGGAGCCAACAACAACGCCGGUUCCGAUUCGGUACUGUGUGGUUCAGCGCUCCCAUCAGUCAGAUCAGCUGAUAGCGGAAGGCAAGAGUCGCCGGCUAUAUAUGCUGGACGACGCCGAGUGUAGUGAGCUGUGUGCCUGCGGCGGCGGAGAGUCGUUGGCCCUAUCGUGUCAUGCCCUGUGCGUUCCGCUGGCGCCUUGUAGGACUUCCCUAGCGUAUUACAGUCACGCGGCACCCGCCUAUCAGGCCUUCCGAGGACGCUGCCUCUGCUACUCGGGAAGAUUCAUCUGCAUGAGACCACCACCGGGGGAAUAUUCGCUACCGGGUGGCAUUUUUCUGUUACUAGGUUAUAGUUCUACCGAUGAAGCACUGUUAAGACCGCACACUAAUCUCGGAGUUCAGGACGCUGUCCGGGCACUGCAGCAAUAUGUUGUGCAGCACAUCAACAAUGAGACCUCUUGUACAUUAACAUUAUUCAACAUCACCGAUGAAAACAUAAUCUUAUCGAUAAGACUACCCCACGAUCCCAAGCUUUCGAACAUAGAGUUACUCAAGUUAGAGAAGGACCACUGUACAAAGAUCCUCGAAACCAUCAGCCACCAGAUCAACACCCAACACGUCGAGAUGUCCGCCCACCGUUUGCUGAGCAUCUUCAAGAUGGCCGAAGUGCAGGUGGUCUGGCCGGAGGUGAGCGGAGCCAGGCCAAGUCUUGCCCUGUGCAACAUCGAUUGCCACCUGCUCGCCCUGAUAGUGUUCGCCACGAUCGUUCCCUUCAUGAGGUGGCGAGCUCAGCAUGCCACCCGUCGGUCGGUCACGUGACGCUAAGAGCAUCGACAGUGAUACGAUCACCCCCGUCACCGUCACCGCCAUCGUCGUCAUCGUCGUCGACAAACCACACAUACACACACAUACCUACAUGCAACAUCAUCGGUAUCGUCCAGUUGUAACGCUGAUCACUAAAUACGCUUCACUUCCGGCUUCAUCGCGAGCGGGGUAUGGCCCCAGCUAUCCUCUAGGAACUCGUCGUUGUACAUGAGGUUUGUAUAAAUAUUAACCAUUAUCCAGAACGUGUUAGGCUAUUGUUAAACUACGGCUAUCCAACUUCGGUGUAACCGUGAAACAAAGAUAUAGAACGAAACCUUGACCACAAGUCGAGCAGUUCGGCGGGAUGAUUGUAUAAAGCAGAUAACUUCUAGGUUAUUUUUUGUAAUUUUCCAAUUAAGCCGAACAUGGGAGCUGUCGGAUUGGGGUAACGAACUGUCAGAAUGUUCGGCAGAAAUUGAGUGAGUGGUCGGUUGUGGGAAUGUUAUGUAAAUGUAAAAAAUAGUGACUAUUACAGAAAAAACGGAUCUGCUCUAGCAGCAAAUAAACCGCAAAUACAACCGAAUGUAUAUUGUAGAGCAAUAAAUAUUUAAUUUGUGUUCGUUGUUAGUUGUGAGUAGCUAGAAAUAAUCCUUCCGAGAUGCGACCGGAGAAAUAAAGUAAACUCCGCACGAAUUGGAACUCAUUGGCAAUCUGGAAACAGCAAAUAAAACAACUAAAUUGACUGAACUGGAAAUGAGAAAAAGGGAUGUAUGUUAGUUCUAGUUGACAGCGAUAUCAAAAUUGUGUUAGUCUACCCUCCCGGACUGCGAUUGAUACUUCGAGUAUGGAUGUGGGUGUGUAUGCGCGUGUAACAUAGUGGCAAAUAGAGAUGGAUUUACGCUUCGGACGCUUACGGACACUCAAUAGUUGUUACGACAACGACUCUGUACCAUUUGUACAAAGUCGAAGCGCGCUAGAUAAUUCGAAUGAUGUCCAAAGAAAGAAAAAAAGAUUAACAAUUAUUAGCAUAUAAAUAGACGGAAUGCUCGCAGUGUGUGAACCCAAGGACUUUAAACGAUUGUCUCUUGUUUGAUGGUUCAGCAAACUUACCGUAUCUCAGAUUAAUCUCAAUCCUAUUUCACUCAAAUCAAGUUUAAAUUUUAAUCAAUGUGAUGUUUUUGACCGCAAUGCCUAACUUCACGACUGCCGGAAAACAUAUUCCCUAGAUAGGGGAUACUAAUGGAAUUGUCAGAAUCAUUUCCAUUUGAAUGUGUUGCACCUUUGCGACGAUGAAAAACGACCCCUUUCCGGAAAAGAAGUCAAAGGUCACCCUCAGAAUCUAGGUGCUGCUAUUGCAAUCGAACCAUGUUGAUGACUAUAUCAACAUUACCGCCAGCUGCGGUGGCGGCGGCAGAGUUUUACGGCGUAAUUGCUAUCUUGGGAUACAUUUUCGUUCAUUUAUGUUGUGUCCUUUUAGCCGGCGGAUAUUUUCGAACAUCAUCGCAUCCCAAUUUUACAGCGCACGCCCCAAACCGGGCGACCACACCGACGCCAUGUUCCUCCCGGGAGCAAUGGAAAGUUAAUCAUCAUCGGGUUUUGUUUGUUCUUAAUUUGCGUUUCACUCGGUGUGCUGCUGGACAGUCGAGAUGAGACCGUUUGGAAAGUUCGUCCAAACACACCGGCGAAAUCAAAUCCAAACACGUUUUCGAAAAAAACGAGAGAGAGGGCAGUGUUUGUAAUAAAAUGACAUCGAAAUGAAAAUCAAACCGGAGAAAGCAUUUUCAACAGAAAAGUCAACUUUUUCUGGUUUACGGGUUGACACGUUACGUACAUCAAAGAACAUACUGCAAACGAAAUUUCGAAUAGUGCUACAGCUUUAGAGUGAGGACAACAUUGACUCUUUUUUUUUAACGAAGCGGUGCGAUACCAUGAAAUCAGAACUGUAUGAUGCUCUGUGACUCUGGGAAUAGUGGCGGUUUGAACAAGACCAAAACGGAAUUAGAAUGACUACUUUUUAAGAGUUUGUUUAAUUUGUUCGUUGAUAAUUUUUUUAUUCCACUCGGAAUAAUUAUGCUUCCCCAGCGCACUUUUGAAGUUUUCUUUCCUCGUCGAUACUGGAAUACUGUCAUCCACUCAUUGUUCUUCUCAACUUGGGUGAUGAAGCUUCGUUCAGUUAGAAUCGGGACGCAAGAAACCAACUAGCGUUAUCCAAAGAUAGAAUGAAAAAGAAUAAAAAAGAAAUUUUAAUGUACUGAAGGGUAAAAUGAACAAAUAAAAGCACCUUUUCAAGAGUUUUGAAUUUUGGUUAUGGGAGCAGACUUCUCGCUCAGACUGAACGUCAGCUUGGAAUUGUGCCCGAACAAAAGCCAAACGAUACCAAACAGGGAUCGAACCAAGGCCGGCAGGAAUGAAAGGCUGUUUUGUUUUAAGCUUGUUGAAUUAUAAAUUAAUUAUAAAUCAGGAUGUCAAAACAUGUGCUAAAACUAAUGUUGGGUAUAUCAUGAACUUUUCUUCGAAUACCUGAUCAGUUUUUUUUUUGGACCUGACCGGCCAUUUUAUUCCACUAUCUGUGCCUCUCUGCCACAUCCCCCAUCACUAUGACACUCUUUUUCAUCUUUCGUUUAAUAAUCGCCCAAUAAAAGGCGGACUCGAUUAUAUACAGUCUUCGAUUUCUCUUACUGUAUAUAAUCGAGUCAAAAAAAAAUAUUUUUAUUUGUUUUUGAUACAUUAAUUUUUCGUUUUUUGAGUAUAAAAGAAGUAUUAAAUGUUUAAUUUAUGACUUUAAGGGUCAUUUUAUGACCCUUAAAGUCAUAAAAUACUUUUCUCAUAUAAAAAUUCCUAAUUCUUUCAGGAGGUGAUAGAGGAUCAUAUUUAAUGGAGAAAAUCUUUCAAUCUUUCAAUGAAAAUAAUAAUAUCACAAUGUAUAAGUAAUAUCCCUCACUCACCCUUCCUAUCUCUCGAUCAAUUUUGUUUUUCAAAUGUGUUUUUACGUGGGAUUGACCUUUUUUUCAACUCUGUGUUAUUCUUCUCUCGCUUGCGCUCUUGAAUUCAAUACGGAUAGCGCACAAUGAAUGCUAUGCUGUGUUUGAAUGUAUAUAAAUAUCAGAUGUUGUAGGUUCUCCGAAACAUUCUGAGGUUCGAACCAAUAGAACAACAAUCUCAAUAACGACUGGUAAUGUUCAUAGCAAAAAAAAAAGGGUGGGUAAUGUCGGAGACAUGACCGAAGAGACGUAGGACUACACCAAGGGGUGUCCAUUUUCCGAAUAUCAUGGAGCACAUAUCCCAGAAUGACCAACUUUUCAUGUAUUAUAUAAAUUACAGAAAAAAAAAGUCACAGGAGGGUUGUGUCCGAGACACGACCGCAUAAUUGACGUAGGAUUCCGUUGGCUAUCUAUAAAUUUUGGAUAUGUUUGAAGAAUUACGUUAAACUCUUUGAUAAUGAUUUGGUGGUCCUGAAAAGGGCCAUUUUGUUUGGUUGUUGGGUAUUGUUUGUUCAUUCCACCAGUGUUUACCGAGUGAUGAUGACAGAAGGAUGGUAAACGGUCAAUGGAUGGUGCGUAUCAGAUAAAAGAUACCGAAGUGGAACGAGAUAUGAUGAAAACUGCCCUCUGUGAUCCUAGACGAGAUGCCUCCUGUGUUAUGUAUGGAUGAAAAAAAGAAAAAAAAACUCACCAAUGUAAUAUAAGAUAAUUACCAAUACCAAACACAAUUAUCAAUUUUUCUCAUCAGUAAAAACAUGUUACUUUAAUAUAGAGAAAACAUAUUUGAAAUGGAAAAGGUAAUUUUCUUUUAUAAUUUUUACUUUCUGAGUGUUUAUUCAACCCAAUGCGAACUUUAAUUGGACCAACAACACCUAAUACUAUAUGUAGAGCAUAUGAGAAAUCACUUUUUCUAAUAUUUCUUCACUUUUCCAAUUUUUCUCGCCGUAUAAACUUUCCUAGGGUGAAAAAGAACACAGCAAAACAAACAGCUCAAACCAAACGACCCGUCCUCGAGCGGGAACACACCUUGGUUUUUAUUUAUGAAAAUUGAAUGAAUCGUUUCAUAUAUCAAGUCAUUUUCAACACAACUGCUACCAUAUACAAUUUUACACUUACACUUGGGUUAUUGAUAUGAAUUUUCACGAUUAACCAACAUUAAAGUUCCAAAUUUAAAUUUUAUUUGCUAGAAUUAAUCGUAUCACUCACCUUACUUGCAAUAUAAAAAUGCCCCCGACUUGCAUAUAUUUCCAAUGCCUAUUUCCCCCGGGGACCUUGAUUUUGAAGUCUCUGUUAGGGAAUACAUUUCGGUAGGAACAAAAGUUCCUCCUAUUUUCAUGUAUCUGCAAUGCCGAUUUCCCCCAGGCAGCUUGGUUUUGAUGUCUCUGUUAGGGACCCGUCGCAUGUGUCGUCAAUUUCGACCAAUCAGAAAUGGGUAUUCCCGGUAGGAUAGGGGUUGAAAUUUUUCAAUUAUUCGAUAGUUAGUUUCAUGAUAUAUAUAUUAUUUUCUUCAGUAUAAAAAUUGUUAUGGAGUGCCGAAAUCGAUUGACGCAAAAAUUUCAUUAAUCCAUCAUGAAAUGACUGAGCAAUAAGCGUUUGAUAUUGGACAAUUUUCACGAUGUGCUCGAUUUUCGAUUUUCAAUUUGUACCCCAAUAUGUUCACGAAAGACGUAAUCCUACGUCAAAAUCAAAGGAUAAAAUAAAACCUCAGCACUCAGCAAACACUCAAACGUUUCGAUUCAAAUACGAAAAAAUCAAAAUUUGUCGUGCAAAUGUUGCAGGGGUUAUUGUUCAGCCGGCAACGAACACAUACUUGAUGGCAAGCAUAUCGUAAUAGGAAUUUACCGUCUGAUAUCGUGAUAUAAUUGGGAUUUGCACUCCACAUGAAUAACUGUGUUCUACUAGUCAUGUCCUUCAUUUGAUACUCAUAUUGAUGAGGUUUAGAGAAAAUAUGUAAUCCGCCAUUUUGUCGUGGCGGCCAUUUUGGAUUUGCAUUUUUCAUAUCAAAUCAAAUGAAACAGAUUAACUAGUAGUAAGUGUGUUCUACUAGUGAAUCCCUUUCAUUUGAUACCCAUAUUGAUGGAACUUUUCAAUUUUCAAGAUCAUGAAAUACGCAGUUUUAUAAUGACUGCAGAGAUAAAGGUUUGUUUCAAAUUUCAAUUAAUGUGGUACAGCGCGCCAUAGACAAACAUGUUACAUAUAAACAUACAAAUAUGUCACAGCUAAAUAAAACCGUUUAAAAACUCCAAUAUUCUAUCAAAUCGAGCGCGACGCUUCCACCGCUUUUAACACACUUUAUAUGAGCUGAAAAACCGUGAUGUGUAGCAUAAAAACAAUUACUGAAGAUAUUUUCUAUUAAUGUGUGUAUUUGAAACCAAUAUCCAUUCAUUAAUUGAGGAGGUAUUAGUGUUCAAAAACUGAACACUUUUUCACACCGAAAUAUUGAAAUGGGCCCCUAUAUUGAAAGGUAGUCCUACGUCAAAAUCUUGCCAAAAUAAGUUCCCGUAAGAGUUCAUAUGCUACGCUGCAUUUAAGUUUAUAUAAUCUUCAAAUCUUAUAGGUCCUCCAAAUCAUUCUAAAGUUCAGAAGAUCAUGAUAUGAUAUGAACAUAAAACCCAAGUAAGCUGGUUCCCGCUUAUGUCAAUACGUCAUUUUGAUCACCGAAAUUUAGUUUGAACAAGCCUGAUAUAUAAGGAGGGCAAUAACAAAGAAUUAUCCCAACAUUGGAGAGAAAUAGGAGAUCGAGGACUAUCGGAAAAAUCCUGUAACGGUCUCAAAUGAUUCGAACGACAUAUGGCAAGAAACCCGGAAGAGCACCGAUGAAAUUUUUCUUUCCUGAUACAAACGAAAUUCAUUACUACAUCGAUAUGUGACCGAGGAUGGAAGGUGGAUACAUUUCAAGAAUACCAAGCCCAAAAGAUUAUUUCUUGACUUCGGCCAUCCGAUCUAAAGACCAGAUUGCUUCGGAAAAGGGACAAUGUUGUGUGUUUUCUGCGAUUAACGAGGUUGUACGAUCUUUUGAAAACCGGUGAAAUGGUUACUAGUAAUUGUUACCAAGAAAAAUUGAACGUGCCUGUUUGAUCCUCAAAGUAGAAAAUCAAAACCAAUAAUAUUUACAUUCCAACCAUUCCCACCUCAUAUCCCAUCUACUAACCUCGAGUAACCGCGGGUAAACAGCUCUCACCCAUACUAACAAAACAUCUCGAACAAUCUAGUCACCCUUUGUCCCAAUGCACACUUUCCGGCAUAGCAACAACAACAGGCUCAUUAUGUUUUCUUUCUGCACAUGACGUGGCGGGCGCUGAUUGGCUGAUUGGCAUUACAAAGCACCGAGCUGACGCAACAGCGCGGAUAUAAAAGGAAGCAGUCCAGGGCGAAGUUUCUAUUGUUUUACGAAUAUUACUAGUGUUAACAUCACAGAAGAUAUAUAAAUAGUUUAAAUUGAAAGUGAAAAGGUUUUUCUAAUUCACGCGUGGAUCGAGGAAAAUCUGUCUUUCUUAAGACACCCUUGAAAGAGUUUACAGAAGCCGAUCCAAUUGCUCAACGAGAAUGGCGCCAGUGUCCUGGAGAGUACCUCAGUAGAGGUUACUAUUGGAUAAGAAGCUUCAACCGAAGCUUGGUACCGUACCUUAGGAGGAAGGUCCGAGUUCAGUUCAGUUCAUUGUUUUUAAGAGGCUUUAAACUUUGCAGUUCAUUCGCCUCUGAGAAGGUCCGAGGAUUUCCUGUCAUCCAUCCGUGCAAGUGUUCAAUCGAACAGUUUCCUUCUCCGAAAAGGACGAUAAAAAAAAACAGUAAAAGGCUUCAAAUUUGGCCCUGUCACAACUAUUCUUCUUCUGUAGAAGCAUUGAAUCACUAGGACCAUUAGUUUGAUCUAUUGUGAUGAACAGAAGGCGUGAAAACUAUAGUCAAUUGGAAGUGAGUUUUUGCUUGUUCCAGCAGUUUAUCUAUCAACAUAAAUCAAAAGUCAUUCGGGCCCACUCGUCGCUAUCUGCUCUACGACGGUCCAUGUUUUUUUAAUUUUUCGCCGUCAAAUGAACUUCACGGCAUAUUGAAGUUAAACCCCAAAAAAGUGCACUGUGCAGCAGAAAUUCGUUGCUUUUGGAAUAUGAUUGCUUAAAAAAAAUUGAAAUAAGACUUUGGCUAUUGCAAAACAGAGCUAUUAAAAAAAAGACUAUCGUUCAAAGGUUCCGAUAAAACAGAAACUACUCGAACUACUCGAAUUGGAUGAAUGUGGCAGAAUGGAUGCGUGCUUGGGUGUACAUGUGUGAGUGCGUGCGCGUACUCCUUAAGUGUGUAGAUGCGAUCAUGAAAUGAUAAAAUCACAAUCGUAAAAAUAUGUCUUCCUGGAAACAAAAAAAAAUGUGUUUAAACUAGUGAAUAUGAACAAAUGUAAUAUACAAUAUGUAUCUGAAUAUAGUUUGUAUGAAAAUGCAAAAUAAAUGGGCUCGAGCAGAGGGUUGCUCAGGUGGCAAAAAACAUCGUACGUAACGUAAGUUGCUAUGUAUGAUAAUCAUAAGAACAAAACACACAUAGAUGAUACUGUUGGAAUGGAUCAGAAUGGAACCGUUGACAAAACUCUAAUAAACAUUAAAAAAGAGAAACUGUUCUAUAAAACGACCGAUGAAACACAACUCACAUGGUGUUAGCAAUAAAGUCUAAAACCAAAUAUUUAGCCAGUAAAUUUAGAGAAUCGGAGAGAUCUAAUUUUAAGCAUGUUGUACAUACUGAUUUCCACUAGAAGUGACUAUUAUGAUGGAAAAGGAAGCGCUCUAGGCAUAUAAGCGCUCUAUAAACAAACGUAUAUUUUAGGUGACUACAAAUUUGAAUUGAACAAUUCUUGGCUGAUCAGUUCGCAGAGUUGGAGUGUUUUUAUGAGAGCCCGCAUCAAGCAUACUGUAUAUUGUUGCACUAGAGUAAAGAAAGUCUUGGAAGUAUUUUUAGGGAGAAUUUAGUCGCAUUCUUGUUUUCGGUUGUCACAUCGCAUAAACAUAUUUUGAAUAUAGCAACUUUAAUUGACGAGUAAGACGUACAACAUACACACACGCAUUCGAAACACAGAUACAUAUCAAUUUUACAAUGAAUAGUAAUGUAAAAAUGACACAUUCUCAAAGAAAACAAAAAAGAAUACACAUUGUUAGUCCACAAAAAAAAAAGAGACACUCGAAACAGGAACACGAAAAAUACACUAAAACACAACCCUUCGCGGAUCGAAGUUUUAGAUUAGUUAUUUCGCGCAACGGCUGUCAUCAUUUCCAAUUUCGUUGACAUCUUCACUGUUUGUAACAUUUUCAUUACACGCAAAACGAAAACAGCAGGAUACGGAACCCAAGCAAAACAAUAACAAAAACUAUACAAAUAAUCAAUAGGGUUUUGAGCCGAGAUCAUUUUGUAAACACGCAAAUGAAAAUGAGUAGAGGAAAAUGAACCUUUUGUGCUUGUAUACAAACAUAGCAAAAAGAAAAACACGAAAAGAAACUAAAAACCAUAGAACAAUAAACCUAUUGAUUUAAAUGCAUCUAACAUACAUCACAGUCACAAAAGAUAAAAAUUUAAUUCCCAGAUUCGCAGCUGAAACGGAAUGAAAACCAUUUCUUACAACCCGAAGAUGAACUGUUAUCAUUUGAAACUCGAACAAAACUAGUGAAUCAGUCGCAAAGAAGAAAACCAAGCAAAGGAAGCGUUCCAAAAUCCUUUUCAUCCGUUCUUUUCCUCUGUCGUUUUUCUCUAUCCAAAUGAAUACAGGAAAACCUGUAUUAAGACACGUCCCGAAGACGGAAAAGUAAAUCGUAUCCGUACGAAAGAACCUAUUGCGAACGGCGCGGACCCGUGGAGAGGAGUAGGUAGCAUCCCUCCUUACUCAUUUUACAAGUCAGUGAAAAUGUGGGGGAGAUGAUGCGAGCAAGAAGGUAGAUGAAACACGACAGAGUGGAAUAUAUACGUGAACGUAGCGAAAAAAAAUUAAACUUUUCUGAGGUGAAGUGAGGAAGUAAAAAGAUGACUGAGCGCGAGAGAGUGAGGGAGAAAAUAAAUAAAAAAAUGUUA